UGGAAAGUGGGUCUUGUCUGUGGCACGUUCAUAUUGAAAAAUGUAUUGUAUCUGAGAGAAUCCGCAAUCACAUGUUGGGGUUGGUUUGUCUGAAAUGAAAAGUUUGAGCUCAAACCCUUAACUCAAAUGUCUAUUUUUCUGAAUUUUCUGUGGUGCUAUAAUCUAUUUUCUCGUUCCCCCAACUCAACGACAUGCACUUUUUAACUGCCCCCAUCAAGAGCUGGGUUCUAUAAUUGGAGAAAAGUCAAACUUGUGCUGUUUCCCUGUUUGGGUAUCCAGGUCAAGUGGAUUGUUCCCAGUGAUGGGUGCUGAUUAAUGUUUUCCAACAGCCAUCCAGUGGUGUUAAAGCAAAGAGAAUAUUAAAUGAGAGGAAAAGAGAGGGAGAGAUUAUGGGAUUUUCCAUGAAAACAGAGGAACUCCAAUGGAAAUGUUAGAUUUAUGAGCAUCUCUUUGAGGAGGUAGCGGAGGAUUGGUACUCCAACUGCCUGUACCCUUUUGUUGGAAAAGAUGACUGGUUCUCUCACCAACCUUUUCCUGUUUUAUCAAAUAUUGCUGGGGCUGCUGCUGCUGCCUUGUCCUUCUUCUUCACUCCCCUUGUGUACUGACUUGAGGGCUCCCCUCGUUCCAAAGAAGCCUCUUGCCUUUUGUCCUUAUAAUGGGAGUGUGUGCUGUGACUCAGCCAAAGAUCUGCAACUGCAGAAACAAUUUCAAGCAAUGAAUAUCUCUGAUGAGGGCUGUGCUUCUCUUAUGAAAUCAAUCCUCUGUGCGACAUGUGAUCCGUUCUCAGCAGAGCUAUUCAAGGUACAAUUGGGGCCUCGUCCAGUUCCUGUUCUUUGCAACUCCACUGAUUCAGGGAACUCAUCCAUGUCAAAACAGACUACAAGUAGCUUUUGUUCAAAUGUCUGGGAUGAAUGCCAAAAUGUUUUUAUCUCAAAUUCUCCCUUUGCCCCUUCAUUGCAAGGUAGAGGUGGAGUAUCAGUUAAUUCCUCCGCUUCCAAGCUAACCGAACUCUGGCAGUCCAAAAGUGUUUUCUGUGAUGCCUUCGGUGGUUCUUCUGAUAAUGGAUCAAUAUGUUUUGAUGGUGAGGCAGUUUCACUUGAAAAUACUGAAACUAUUGUUCCCCCUAAGGGCAUGUGCCUUGAGAAAAUUAGCAAUGGAUCUUACAUCAAUAUGGUUGCUCAUCCUGAUGGCUCUAAUAGAGCCUUCUUCUCUAGCCAAGCGGGUAAAAUUUGGUUGGCCUCUGUUCCCGAGCAGGGUUCAGGAGGAACAUUGGAACUUGAUGAAUCUGAUCCUUUUGUAGAUAUAACAGACCUUGUUCUUUCUGAUCCUAGAGCUGGGAUGAUGGGUAUGGCUUUUCAUCCAAACUUUGCCCAUAAUGGACGCUUCUUUGCUUCAUACAAUUGUGAUAAGGUUAAAUCACCUGUAUGCUCGGGAAGGUGUUCAUGUAAUUCAGAUGUGAACUGUGAUCCUUCAAAGAUAGAUCCUUCAAGUGGAGUUCAGCCGUGCCAGUAUCAUGCUGUUGUUGCAGAGUUCACUGCAAAUGGGACUGCAUCUGACCCUUCCUCGGCAACAAGUGCCAAACCAUCAGAAAUGAGAAGAAUAUUCACAAUGGGCCUCCCAUUUACAUCUAAUCAUGGUGGCCAGAUCCUGUUUGGACCUGCUGAUGGGUACUUAUACUUGAUGAUGGGGGAUGGUGGGAGCAAAGGUGAUCCAUAUAAUUUUGCCCAAAACAAGAAAUCAUUGCUUGGAAAGAUCAUGAGGCUUGACAUAGACAACAUACCAAGUGGAGAAGAAAUAGAUGAACUUGGUUUGUGGGGGAACUAUUCAGUCCCUCAAGAUAAUCCUUAUUCUGAAGAUAAGGAAUUGGAGCGUGAAAUUUGGGCCCUAGGAUUAAGAAAUCCUUGGCGUUGCAGCUUUGAUUCAGAAAGGCCUGAAUACUUCCUUUGCGGUGAUGUUGGGCAGGAUCAAUAUGAAGAGGUGGAUAUUAUUACCAAGGGUGGAAACUACGGGUGGCGUGUUUAUGAAGGUCCCCUUCUCUUUACCCCUGAACAGACUCCUGGGGGUAAUACCUCUGCUAACUCAAUAAACCCGAUUUUCCCUGUAUUGGGAUAUAAGCACUCAGAUGUCAAUCCAAAAAUUGGAUCAGCAGCAAUGUCAGGAGGGUAUUUCUAUCGCUCCAUGACUGAUCCAUGCAUGUAUGGAAGUUACUUGUAUGGAGAUUUGUAUGCUAGUUAUAUAUGGGCAGCUGCUGAGAGACCGGAAGGCAGUGGAAACUUUACUGGUACCUCUAUUCCUUUCAGUUGUGCUAGUGACUCUCCCAUACAGUGUGGCUCUGUGCCAGAAAGUUCUCUUCCUGCAUUGGGAUACAUAUACUCAUUUGCAGAGGAUAACAGGAAAGACAUUUUCAUUCUAACCAGCAAUGGCGUGUUCAGAGUAGUUCGUCCAAGCCGAUGCAAUUAUACUUGCUCCAAGGAAACUGUGACAGCAGCCAGCCCAAGUCCCCCCAGCCCAAGUCCCCCCACUUCCAACUAUGCUAACCAGUUGACUGGUGCAGAUAAGGAGCUUCUGCUCUUCCUUUCUUCAUUGUUACUUCUGCUGGGAUAUAUAUUCUGAGGCUGUCUGGAACGAGUGUUGUAAUUUAGAAUCUCCUUUAAAUGGUUUAGCUAAACCUUCGGUGCUGUAUGCCUUCUCCCCUAACCCUUGUGGAUGUUGUAGAUUUUCCAAUAAAUGAACCUUUCUUAUUUCUAGAGUUUGUGAUUUUGUAAUCA